AAGAAAUUUCAGAAUCUAGUUGGACUUCCUCGCGUAAAGGCUAAUUUAUUUCAUUCUAGUGACAUUUCGAGUUUUUCUAUUACGUACGAGAAUAUAUAAUUUAUUAGUGAUAGAUUCUGCGCAUUGUAUGUAAAGAGCGCAAAUAAACGCCACAUUAAUAACUUUGCGAGUAUACACCUGUAGCUGUUUGAGUGGCAAACAAAUUGAACGGUCUCAACGCGCGCGAGAAAAAAGAAAGUGGAGCAAUAUCCAAAUAAUUGCAAAAAUAUAAACAGCUGUUGCUCUUUCGUGACUACUGUGCAAGCAGACAAAAAAGAACCAUCAUCGAGAGUGUUGCGCUGAUUAAAAAGUUUGAGAUAAACUAGAUCAGAAUUCUUUUAACUAACACGCAAGCAGAAUGGCUGACAUAAACGAAUUAUUGGGAUCAUCAUUUGUGCGGGUUAAGCUGGUCGCUUUCGUGCACUUCUUCUUCAUCACAAAUGCUAUGCUCGGUACCUGGGGCCAUGGAGCUUAUGAGUUUUACAAUUUCCUAUUUAUGAUUGCCAUGUUCUGGACAAUACAUUGCAAGGAAUCCAUUGAAGCAGCACAAGUGGCACUCGUCAUCAAUGUUUCAAGCAUCUUCUUCGAUUUAAUAAACAUUAUAGUCUACUUCGAUUUCAUGAAUGGUUGGGCAGUCGCUUUCUCUAUCAUCAAUUUAGUACUACGACCAAUAACUGUCAUAUUACUGUAUCGUGAGUUCAAUUCCCGCGGCGGCAGCUUACAAACCGGUUCUGUCUUCCCCACCACACAACAGCGCACCUAUCAGGACAUCGAUCGGCCAACACAGCCAACGCCCACAAACUCGCAGCCUGGUCCAAAUGUCGCUAGUAUUUUCUAAACGAAUUGUUGCGUUGGAGGGUCGCUGAUACAUUUCAGAAUAAAAGCUGAAAAUCUUUGGCAUAAUUCAGUUAAUUUGCUAUUUACUAUAUGAAAAGUGGAAGCAGCGAAAAAGUUUGUGUAAAAUUGUAAAAUCUGAAUACUUCCAUGUAACAAAAAUUCUAACAUUUCCUUAUACAUGCAUGUUUGUAUGUAGUGGUAUAUAUGUUAUGGUCGGUUAUAGAAAAUAUUACCUUAAAAGGGCUCGAAUCCAUAUGACAUUGAAUUGAAAUGGUUUGUGGAAUUGAGAAUAUGUAAAAAUACUGUUGCAUAAUAUUUUCGUUGAACAAAAACCACUUGUGUAACCUUUUUAUAUUGUAUACCAACAAAAACAAAUCGUAAAAAAUAGUAAAAUAAUCAUUAUUUAGUUUAUAUGUAUAAGUCAUGCUGUUUUACAUCAAAUAUUAAUAUACAAUAUAUGCUUUAACUGUUGCAACAAAAUUAUAUUUCCUUAACAGCACUAAGUUAAGUUUAGCCAGUGUUAUUUCCUGUAAAAUUAGAAAAUUAGUGCAACUAGUUUUGUUGUAAUAUGUAUAUCGAAUUUUAUGUAUAUAGAGGAGUUUUAGCAACACAUAACAGAAAAGAAAAUUGCAUAUUUUUAGGCGCACAAUUAUUUAGCGAGUGUUUCUGAGCCAGAGCCAUCUUGCAGUCUCACUAAAUUUUAACUCUUCUUGUUAUUACAUGCACGUUUUGCGGUAUUUAGAUAAUGUGUUAAUUUCAUAAACUUAUUCUACUUUAAUUCCUUAUAUCAACAUCCAUAAAAUGCUCCACAACAAUCAACUAUUAACACCUAUUUUAAGGUAUACCCAUCGUUAAAGGCGGAAUUGGAAAUUGAUGAGUAAACAACGGUCUCGUGUUGUUGAUAGCAAUGUAAACUUGUACCUACUUACACAUAAACAAUCAAUAAGCAUAGUAAACAUUUAUUAGGGGGCUGAAGAAGUUGCGAAGUGUU